AUGCGCCUCCAUUCCACAACACUCACAACACUGCGAACCGUCGUCGUCGUCUGCUGUACACGUACACACUACGGUUACACAGUUCCAAGCUGCGUCUCGUCCUGCAAAGGCUGCAAUUGA